GAGAGAGAGAGAGAGAGAGAGAGAGAGAGAGUGGAGAAACGAAAGAUAUAGACGCGACUAGAACGCCGUUGGAGGCAUCCAAUUUUGCACGCCCAGGCCACGCAACGGUGAUGUGGGACACAUCCCGCAACGGGCAAUGCAACAACCCCAACGUUAUAUACCGUCUGUAUCUGAUCUAUAUGGCACGGACGAGAUAGAACUGCUGCUGGACGAGAUACGUGAGCUGGAGCUGGAGCCGGUCUGCUGUCAGCUGGACGAUGAGCAGGACUUUGAAAUAGCUGGCAGCAGGGCCGGCGAGCUCUCGCUCUCACUCGAAUCGCCAUUGGGCACGUGCACCUCCUGGGACUCGCACGCCAACUACAAACAGCAACAACACACGCCGCUGCCAUGGGGCGUUGCCCUACACUGUGAUCCGCAACACUUGAAAACGCCUACAGGGAUUGUGCGCAUACUACUGGUGUUAUCCUCCGCCGUCUGUCUGGCCUGCGAAUGCUCCGCGGGCACCGUACAGGUCGGCCUCUUUCUACUGCCACUCAUCGGACGCCUGAGGCUGAUGGUCUUCUGUGCGCUCUUCUCGCUACUCAUCACAUGCCUCAUGAUCUUUCUCGAUAUAUCGCAUAUAGCGCUCAUGUUCCCAUUCAAUUGGACGAAAGUGAAUACGUGGAUGUACCUGAGUAUUGGUUUAAUAUUUAUUUUGAGCUCCACGCUGCUCGUCCACAUGGUGCUGUAUGCGACCGAGUAUACAUGGGUAUCCAAGCACUCCAAGGACACGUUACUAGCCACAGGCCUAAUUGGCUUUAUUUGCGCCUUGGAGGCGCUGUUGCUGUCGGGCAUUGCCUCCUGGCCCUGGUCUCAGUAUCGCCAGGUGCCCGACGAUGCCAGCGAGCUGUUCAUUGAGGAUCGCGAAAUGACGCCCAUGAGUCCCAUAAAUAGCACUGAUCUACAGCUACAGCCAGACACUGGGCAUAGCCUGGCGCCGUUUCAGCACAGCAGCCAAAUCAAUGGCAAUGCAACGGCGGCCGACACAUACAACCAACAACAACAACAAUCGUCCUAUAAUCAAAAGCCUUAUAUACCUGCCAAACGACCCAAUGAGCUUAACCAGCGUCCCACAUUGGGUCACACACAAACCGCACGCAUUAAACCCAAUCAGCGUUAUCGCGAGGGCUAUCACUACCAACCGGUUGCGUCAACGUCCCGCCAGAGUCCCACAUUCGUCGUAGGCGAUGAUCUGGGUGCCGGUCCAUCCACAUCCCGUUCCAAUGAUAAUUCUAGUGCGUGAUAGUUUUUAUUCCUCAACGACAUGAAAUUUAUAUGAACACAAAAAGUCAACUCGAACUUUGUCCACUACAUAUUUCAACUAUAGAAAAAGUUGAGGUUGCAUUUGGGUCAAUAUAAAAGAAACAAAUUGUUGAUUAGUUUAAACAAAGAAGCAAAACUCGUCAAGAACUUUAAAAAGAAAACGCAAGCAAACAAUAAUAAAUUUAAUAUCUGUGUGUGUGUAUAACAAGGUAAAUUACGAGCAGAACUUUAAAGAAUUUAAACCAAGAUGAACAAAUUGUACGACAACUAAAAAAAAUAUAAAGUUUAAUGGCAUAAAGUAUAAUUGUCGCAUAGGACUCGAAACUUGAACAACAUUUGGUUAGUUGUACAAAAUUUAAUGUUAGUCAAAAAAGAUUACUGAAAAUAACCCUAAUUUAAAGGUGAAGAAACACAAAAAAAUUGGAAACGCUUUGGGCCAAUUGCACAAAUAUAUAUAUAUAUAUAUAUAUAUAUAUAUAUAAAAGAAUUCACAAAAUUUUACGGCAAAUUCGAAUGCAGACAAGAAACAAAUAUAUGAGAUGCAAAAUAAAUUUAAAGAGUCGCC